UGCAGUAAGUAAAUUUACCUUUUGUUUGUCCAUUUUUUGGAUAUUUUCCAAAUAUAUAUUGAAGAUGACUUUGAGGUUGAAACACUAAAAGUAAAAACAAAAUACAAACUCCCUCUCAUCUUGUUUUCUGCUAAUCAAAGGGUUUCUAUUGCAAAAAUACAGUGAGAAUUUCCUGUAUUGUGAUAUCCGGAACAUAUAAGAAGCUGGUAGUUAUACUGCUUCUUGCUCAGUACUACACAUAUGUGGCUCACCAGUAGGUGCUUCAGGAACAUUCUCCCAGCUCUGUGAUCGAACACCACUCUUCCCCAACAAGCACUCCUCGGGCCUUCCCUGCAUCCACCUGGGACAUCAUCUCUCAUGGCAGCUUUUCAGAACAAUUUAUGGAGCCUGAUUUCUGGAGCCUUGGCAGUAGUGUGCCUUUUGUUGAUGGCUACUUUGGGAAUUUUAUUGAAAAAUUCAUUUGCCACAGAAAGUACUCUGCCAACAUCUUCUCCAGGAUCCACCCUAGAACCCCAGAGAGGCUCUGGCUGCUGUACUUGCCAAGAGAAGUGGAUUGGCUACCGAUGCAAUUGUUACUUCUUUUCCAAUGAAGUAAAAACUUGGGCAGAAAGUAGGGAUUUCUGUGCUUCUCACAAUUCCAGUCUACUUCGGCUGGAAAGCAAAGAUGAAUUUAGCUUUAGGAUCUCCGAUGACCGUUAUUACUGGAUUGGACCCACUUACAAUGAAAGACGUGGUGCGUGGCUGUGGGAGGACGGCUCUGCUCUCUCCCGGGAUCUAUUUCCAUUGUUUGCAGCUCUAAAUCCACAGAAAUGCAUAUUGUAUGAUAGCGAUAUUAUUUUGGAUGAAGAUUGUGGGAAGAAACAUGGUUUUAUCUGUAAGGAAUAACUUACUGAAGUGUUUCUUGGGGCCGGGGAACAAUGCGGGUUCAGGUUUACCUUUUAUCUCAUAUUGUUACUAAUUAUCUACUUCUUAGGUCUGCAAAUUUUUCAGUUUUUUGUCUUAUACAAUUUUGUAUGUAUUUGAAUCCAUGUGUUUUAAAAUUGAUUAAAUUUCUGUGCCUAUACUUGAAUUUAUUAAGCAUGGAGAUGAAGAAUGGUACGAAUAUUUAGAUUUUAUGUGUUUAAUAUUAAAUAUAUUGUAGUUUCACGCAUCUU